AUGGCGGAUCAGUUGAGUGAAACAAGCACUACAACCACUGAUCACGGCAAUAAUUGGCCAAACACAAAACUACCAGCAGAUAGUGAUGUUCCUGAUGAUGUUUCUAAUGGCCAAGAAACCCAUAGUUUUGCUGAUAUAUUAAGCACUGCAUUCACGGCCACUGGACCUGUGCCAAGCCCACCAGCAGAUACAGAGUCAAAUAUGCAAUUAGGAAAUGAAAUGGAUUAUGAUCCAUUAUUUGCGGAUGGGAGUGAUUUAGAGACUGAAGAUACGCCACAAGAAUUCUCUCCGUUAAACUCUGAUAUAUGGCGGUAUGGAAAUACUCUUAUAGAAACGCCUUGGUCAGUACCACGCACUGAUGAAUCAUCCAGUCGAACUGUUAACCAUCCAGUUCCGUCUACUCCAACGUCAUCUGAAAUGGGAAGAAAAAGAUCAUUGCUUUCUGGUGAUAACAACUUGAGAAUGAAAACUGGUAAACCUGAUACAAAUCGUCCAUUGACUUAUCCCCGACAUCAAAUGUCUAACCGAAUGUAUAGACCACGCUAUGGUCAAGAUCAAAUGUCUUCAUCUGCAUAUACAUCCAUGAGUAAUCAUGGAGGAAAUUAUAAAUACACGCAGCGACCAAAUUCUCAGGUUCACACUACUACAGCUCCAAGUGAUCAUUCUAUAGCAAGUUCUUCAAAUCAAAACAGAAUGAUUAACCCUCAAACUUCAUCAACUGAAGAAUAUACAGUCUACGGUAUGAAUAACAUUGGAGCCCCACAAGCAACCCGUUUUAAUAAUGAUCCCCGAAGAGCAGAAUGGCCAAAUGUGAUGGAUGCUGAUGAUGAUGAAGACAGUGGAAUAGAAUUAGUCACAGUCAACAAUUUUCAAAACCGGAAUAUAAAUCAAUUACCAACUGGUCCACCUGUAGUAGAUUUAACUCAAGAGUCUGAAGAAGUCAAUGAUCCUUUAAUGAAUCAUUCAGGAAGAACACCACAAGCUGACAUAUCUAUGGGCCAUACAAUGUUUAGUCGUUAUCCAAUUAUUCAACCACAACGGCAGUAUGUUGGUCAUUCUGCUAUGCGUUCUAUGCCUGCUGGAUACACUCAACAAUUUCCUCCUAAUCCGUCCCCUCUGUAUCGAAAUGAUGUGAUUUUCAUGGAUCAACCUCCUCAAGCUCCUUGUGUACAUACAGCUCACCCACCUCCUGGUACUCCAGGUUGGCCGCCCCCGUGUAGUCAAUGUCAUAAUACAUCUAGGGUUGUAUUUGGAAUGGGUGGAAUGGGUAAUCAUAUACAUCCAGCACACCAUCAUCAUCAUGGCAUGAUGGCUACACAUCCUAUGACUCCAUGUGUACCUUCAAAUGUACCUUUAUAUCAUCAAAGAUUAUGGUAUAACCAACAUAGAAUACAAGAAAUGCAAAGAAGAAGAAUGGAUAUGAUGAAUGGCGGCUCUGUACGAUCAUUAAGAAGUAUACCACCAGUUUCAUGCAUGCAGGGAUAUCAACAACCACCCCAACCAACACCGGUCCAUCCAUCUAUUCAAGCAAUCCAUACGGUGUUGCCUCCACCUCAGCAACCAAAUGUGUUCAGCCGGCCAGAAGUAAUUACUUCACGUAGAAUUGGUCCUACUGCUGUCAUUACUUUAUCUCCUCCUACUGAUGGAAUAGAACAAGUACCUACAUCUUCAUUACAAACAGAAAUUGUGGUUCAAAGUGGGUCUACGAGUGAUGGUGGUCAUCCUCAUAUUCAUCAUUAUUAUAAUUAUCAUCCUCCUGGACCACCUGGUCGAAUGCAUCAUGUACGCAUUAGUAUUGGAGCGCCAUCGGGAACUAUUGUUAAUACAACUCCAGGCUCAACGAUCCCAUCACAGCCAGGUGCAGAAAUACCUCAGAUUCCUCAACUAGGAUCAUUACCCAUGUUAACACGUCAUUUAUCAUAUCGGCUAGAAGAUUACUUACGAUUAAUGGAACAACGUCGCAUUCACAUGAUGAAUCGUGGGGCUUCGAAAGACACAAUAGAAAAGAAUACUUUUCCUCAUAAAUACAAACGUAUUAAGAGAUCAUCGGAUGAAAUGGAAGAUAACACAGAAAAGUGUACCAUUUGUCUUUCAGAUUUUGAGGAUACCGAGGAUGUUAGGCGUUUACCAUGCAUGCACUUAUUUCAUGUUGAUUGUAUUGACCAAUGGUUAUCGUCUAACAAACGUUGUCCCAUAUGUCGUGUGGACAUCGAGACCAAAGAAACUAAGGAUGCUGCUUCUGGUUCACCUUUGCCAUCUGAAACUCCAUUCAUUGUUCCAACAUGA